AGGAAGAAAAAGUUGAAAUAUUUCAGUUAUAGUUCAAUCCAGUCGCAAAUGAGUGCGUUAGAAAACUAAUUACAACCCAACAAAGGGACAUCGGAAGCCCCACAGAGUGCCAACAAAGUCAUGACCAACCCCCCACGGAAGAAUCGCUACUAGCGCCAUGCCAACUCCGCUGUACCUGUGUCACAGCGCUAGAACAACCGCCACUUCCGACGAGCCGGACAGUACCCUGGGCGUGUGCGACUCUCCGGCGGAAGAGGAUGACCUUCACAGUGCGCCACAUUUCGGAAAUUGGUUGCUGGCCAAGCUGCGGAAAACCGGCGGAAACAUUCUUCACGGCAGCAAGGCCGACAACAUGGACCAAGUCGAAAACAGUGAGCUGCAGUCCAUCCUGUCGCAACCGGCGGAGCACGAAGUGUGCCUGCUGAGCGAGAGUCCUUACAGGAUACUUCGGGCCGCAGAAUCGGGCAACUUGGAGGAGUUCGUCAGGCUGUACGAGGGAGACAACGGCCGGCUCGCGAUAAAGGACAGUCGGGGGCGCACGGCAACCCACCAGGCGGCGGCCCGGAACCGCGUCAACAUCCUCAACUACAUCUACACCCAGCGGGGGGACCUCAACGAGCAGGACAUGUUUGGAAACACGCCGCUGCACUUGGCCGUCGAAAACGAUUCGCUGGAUGCGUUGGAAUUUCUGCUGAAAAUACCGGUAGCGACCAACAUUUUGAACGACAAAAAACUAGCGCCCGUCCACUUGGCCACCGAGCUUAACAAAGUUAAGGGACUGCAGGUGAUGGGAAAGUACCGGGACGUCUUCGAUAUCCAGCAAGGCGGAGAGCAUGGUCGUACAGCACUGCAUCUGGCGGCUAUCUACGACAACGAGGAAUGCGCUCGGAUUUUGAUUUCGGAGUUUGGAGCUUCGCCGCGGAAACCGUGCAACAAUGGCUAUUAUCCCAUUCACGAGGCGGCGAAAAAUGCCAGCUCAAAAACGAUGGAAGUGUUCUUCCAGUGGGGUGAGUCGAAGGGAUGCACUCGGGAGGAAAUGAUUUCGUUCUACGACUCGGAGGGAAACGUUCCGCUCCACUCGGCGGUGCACGGGGGCGAUAUCAAGGCGGUCGAGCUUUGCAUGAAGUCAGGUGCGAAAAUCUCCACCCAGCAGCACGAUCUUUCCACGCCGGUACACUUGGCUGCAGCUCAGGGAGCGAUUGACAUCGUGAAACUUAUGUUUAUGAUGCAACCGUUGGAGAAACGCAUCAGUUUGAACUGUACUGAUAUUCAGAAGAUGACUCCCCUGCAUUGUGCCGCCAAUUUUGACCAUCCAGAGAUUGUCGAGUACCUGGUCCAGGAGGGAGCGGACAUCAACGCGUUGGAUAAGGAAAACCGGUCCCCUCUGCUGUUGUCCGCGUCCAGGGCUGGAUGGCGCACUGUGAUGAUUCUCAUUCGUUUAGGGGCCAACAUAGAACUGAAGGAUGUCAACUCCAGAAAUGUCCUCCACUUGGUCAUUAUGAACGGUGGCCGGUUGGAUGAAUUCGCCAAGCAAGUGUCCACCACCCAAUCGGAAAAGUAUCUCUUACAGUUGAUGAACGAGAAGGACGACACAGGUUGCUCACCGUUGCAUUAUGCAAGUCGCGAAGGGCACAUCCGUUCACUGGAGAAUCUUAUCCAGUUGGGUGCCUGCAUCAACCUAAAGAACAACAACAACGAAAGUCCACUGCACUUUGCUGCUCGCUACGGACGAUUCAACACGGUUCGUCAGCUCCUGGACUCGGAAAAGGGAACCUUCAUCAUCAACGAAAGUGACGGCGAAGGACUGACUCCACUGCACAUCGCGUCCAAAGAGGGUCAUACGAGAGUUGUUCAGUUAUUGCUAAACCGGGGAGCACUUCUCCACAGGGAUCACAACGGACGAAACCCGCUUCACUUGGCGGCAAUGUCUGGAUACACGCAAACCAUCGAAUUGCUACAUUCUGUUCAUUCUCACCUGUUGGACCAAGUUGACAAAGAUGGAAACACCGCACUGCAUCUCGCAACGAUGGAGAACAGACCAAGUGCCGUGGUGCUGCUACUAAACCUCGGCUGCAAACUGCUCCACAACUACAUGGAUAUGAACGCGAUUGACUACGCGAUCUACUACAAAUAUCCAGAGGCUGCCCUGGCCAUGGCGACCCACGAAGAACGGUCCGCUGAAAUAAUGGCGCUCAAAUCCGACAAACACCCUUGUGUCACACUAGCUCUAAUAGCCUCCAUGCCACGAGUCUUCGAGGCCGUUCAGGACAAUUGCAUUACGAAGGCAAACUGCAAGAAGGAUUCCAAGAGUUUUUACAUUAAGUACUCCUUUAGCUGUCUUCAAUGUCCCACCAUGUACGCUCAGAUGGACUCCCGAACGGGGGAGGCCGUCCAGAUUUCGAAGCCGAUUCCCCUGCCGGCACUGAACAUCAAGUAUUCCUUCCACGCGUACCAAAAAUCAAAAGAAGAAGUGGAAAAGAUUAGAAAAGCUCUAAAUGAUCCAAACUGGCGCCAAACGCCGCUCCACGUGGUCAAUGCAAUGGUGGCCCACGGACGCGUCGAACUGCUAGCUCAUCCCCUUAGUCAGAAAUAUCUGCAGAUGAAGUGGAACUCGUACGGGAAGUACUUCCAUCUGGCGAAUCUUUUGUUCUACAGCGUGUUCCUGUUUUUCGUGACUCUAUUUGCUGCUCAGCUGAUGAACAACGACACGUCUCAACUCAAUCAAACUACCCCGGCGGCGGAAGAAUCCUCAGAGCAGGAUUCGCUAGCUCCGGUGACGAUGGCAGCCCGGUACAAACACUACAACCCAUCAUACAACACUGGCCAAAACGACUCCAACCUGCGCGUGGAAAGCCACAUGACCGUUUCGACCACAACGUUCGUUUCCGGAAUCGGAAUAAUCGUGUACAUUCUCGGCAACGCCAUGCGCGAGAUUCUCCAAGCGUAUCAACAGAAAUGGCACUACCUAAUCGAGCCCAUCAACCUGAUCUCAUGGCUGCUGUACUUUUCCGCGCUGGUCAUGAUUUGGCCAAUGUUUGUCCAGGGACGCUGCGAAAGUGGCAACUUUUCCGCGGCAUCCGUGACCGUGUUCCUCUCGUGGUUUAAUUUGCUCCUCUUUCUGCAGAGAUUCGAUCAGGUUGGUCUCUACGUCGUCAUGUUCCUGGAAAUCCUGCAGACGCUGAUAAAGGUGCUAACGGUGUUCUCUAUUCUGAUAAUUGCGUUUGGACUUUCGUUUUACAUUCUACUCUCGAAGAUAAAGAGCCAUCAAGCGAACCACCAAUCAUUCUCGUCAAUCCCGAUGUCACUGGUGCGUACCUUCUCCAUGAUGCUGGGCGAGAUGGACUUUCUUGGGACAUACGUUCAACCGUACUACAGCUCGGAACUACCCUAUCCCAUACCGUCGUUUAUAAUUCUAAGUCUCUUCAUGAUACUGAUGCCGAUUCUGCUGAUGAACCUGCUCAUCGGUUUGGCGGUCGGUGACAUCGAGUCGGUACGUCGGAACGCCCAGCUCAAGCGGCUGGCCAUGCAGGUGGUGCUGCACACCGAGCUGGAGCGCAAGCUGCCCCAGAUGUGGCUCGAAAUGGUCGACCGGAACGAGCUGAUCGAGUAUCCGAACGAGAAAAAGUGCAAACUGGGCUUUAUGGACUCGAUUCUGAGGAAAUGGUUCUGCAAUCCGUUCUCCGACGAAGGCAAGGGUGGCAUCGACUUUGUUCUGGACAGCAACGAGGAUUACAUCGUAACGGAAUUGGAAAAGCAAAAACGGAAACUUCGUGAAAUUGGGAGCGCUUUGGACAGUCAACACCAGCUGUUGAGACUCAUCGUACAGAAAAUGGAGAUCAAAACGGAAGCAGACGACGUAGACGAAGGGGUUUCCACCGGCGAUGGAAAGGGCCUGCUGACACUGGGUUGCGGACGAAUGAUGAGCGGUUCACGCUGGUCUUCGCCAAGAAUCAGAAAGAAACUGCGCGCAGCUAUGAGCUUUAACAAGUCCAUGAGCAAGUAAUGCGGGAGAAUGAGCACAAGUUUAGCACAAAAAGUUAAUGAAUGGCAAUGUGUGAUUGUAUUGGUAUGCUAAUAUUUCGAUGGAGAGUUUUUCAUAUAAAAGGAAAUGAUUGCUAGACAUUUAAAAAAAAAAGUCACGUUUACAAGAGUGAUUUUGAAGAGCCUUAUUCUCUAAUCAAAUUGAAAACCUAACUAAUACAGGGGAUAAACUCAACAACGAUGAUCUCACGACGAGGAUUGGGACUUAUUUUAUGUCUAUUCUAACCUAUUCUCCAACUUCACUAAAUGUUUAUGUUUGAUGUUAAAAUCAAGAUGAUAAUUUCUGUAACACUAAAAAAUACCGUCACUGUACUUAACUCUGUCAGAAAACGUUUGGGUUGUAUUGUAAUUUGUGACAUCUAUCAAUU